AUCAAAUAUCAAAUAUAAGAUAUUUGAUAAUAAGAAAGUAAAUUUUAUUUCAAAGCUUUAAAAUGUCACAAGAAAGACAAUAUAACAUUAAAACAAAACAAAGUUUAAGAGAAAAAAUAUGGAUUCAUAUGGUAAAAGAAGAUCUAACAAUGUCGUCUCGUAAUUUAUGUAAUAGAAUCCCAUAUUUUAAAGGAGCUAUGGAAGCUACUCAACGUCUUAGUGAAUUAGAUGCAUUUAAGAAAGCAAAGUUACUAAUGAUUAGUCCAGGCAAAUCUCAAGAAUCUACGAUAGUAUUAUCUUUACAGAAAGGAAAAGAAAUAUUGAUUCCUAGACCAAGAUUAAUGGAUGGCUUAUUUCUUCUUGUUAAAAAUGCUGAUGUUACAUCAGAGGAGACCCAAAAUGUUGUUAUUAGACGUAGUAUGAAACAGAUAGAAAGUCCUAUUGGAUUUGAUAAAUUAAAUCUCAAGGUGGAUAUGCUUGUUUUGGGAUCAGUUUGUGUUAAUAAAACUGGUUGCAGAAUUGGAGAUGGUGAAGGUUUUGCUGAUUUAGAAUAUGCAAUAUUAUCAAAAAUGAAAGCCGUAAAUGAGCAUACUAUUAUUAUAACAACAGUACAUGAUUGUCAAAUACUUGAUAAUGUUCCAGAUGAUAUUUUUAAUCAAUAUGAUGUACCUGUAGAUAUAAUCAUAACACCAACACAGACUAUAGUUGUUAAUCCUAAAUUUAAGAAACCCACUGAAAUUAUUUGGUCUGCAAUUAGUAAAAGAAGACUUGCAGCAAUACCUAUUCUUAAUGAAAUCAAGCAAUUAGAAGAAAUGGAACGAAAAACGUUGGAUGUUAAGGAAAUAAAUUUAGAUUUAGAAACUCAUAAGCAAGAGAAACUUCAUAUUAAAAAAAUAAUUAAUAAAAUACAACCAAGACUAAGCCAUAGAAAAUUAAUUUCUGAUUCUAUAAUUAAAGAAAAUCAAAAUGACAAGGAUAUUAGAAAAAAAUCUUUUCUGAGAAAAAGGAAGUUACAAAAAUCUAAAGAUAAUGAUAAUGAUGAUUUUGGAAACAAAACAGUAAAAAAGCAAUCAGGAUCGAAAUCAAAGGUACGUCAUCGAUCUGGAGGGGAUCGAAAUCAAUCAAACUUUUCGUUACGCCUGUCGAAUAUUGCAUCCACAGUGCGGGUACGCGAUCUGAAAUGUGCUCUGCAAGAACGUGGCGUUAAGCCUAAUAAUAUAGCGUGGUACGGACAACGUGGCUUUUGCUACUUGCAGUUCGGCAAGUUACGCAAAAAUACAAGUAUUGACGAUCAAUCUGUUCAAGUCGAUUCAAUCAUUGCGAGCCUCCAGCAACUCAAAGUCAGUGAGAACGCCUUCAUUCUUGUUGAGCCAGCAAAACCUGUUACACGAAUCGAAGUCACGAACACACUUGUUACUGAUUUUGAUUUGAUCAUGACAUUCAAGUAGAAGCCUGCAGAUA